GACUAGCCCGUUGCCUCAGUACCAGGCAGGCAGGAGGAGGGUGGAACAACGCUGAGCCGAUUAGACGAGGAGGAGAAUAGUCCAAGAGAGGAAGGUUACUCCAUGCUGGCCGUGAUCUAACGGGCUAUAAAAAGCUCUGGAUUCAGCGUCUUUAACACAUGUAUAUUUUGGAAUUCCAGGAGUCCGUAUUAACAAUGCACUUCAUCAGAGCCGCUGGGAUCCUCAUCGUGGCAUCGUUAACGUUACAGGCUGUUUGUGUGUAUGGCGGAGCGGCGCAGGGGUCUGUAGGGGCGGAACAGGUCUCGAUUUCAUGCACCAGGGGCUUCCCGGACCAGGAGUAUAGUAUCAUGGUGGAUGCAGACCUACAGAAGGGACAGCAUCUCCUCAACGUGAGCUUCAGGGACUGUGGUCAGAGCAGGGUGGUAUUUGAAGCAAAGGACCAGUCGCACUUCAGGGUCGGUGUGGACGGUGUCCUCUACGCUGCACGCCACCUCCACCUGUCCGAUGAGGAGACCACUCCGUUGGUGGUGUACGCCCGAGACACGCAGUCCAAGCAGGUGUGGAAGAUGCACGUGCAUUUCAUCUUGCAAGAAAAGGGAACGAAAGAGGUGAAGACUGCAGGUGAUGCAACCGGGUUCCGGCGGGUGCCUGAGAUUGUGUUUCCGUGGCACAGCCAGGUUGUCGGGGGCGACGGCUCUGUGGUGAGGCGAGUGAAGAGGGACUGGGUGAUCCCGCCCAUCAACGUGCCGGAGAACUCCCGGGGACAGUUCCCAGAGGAGCUUGUCAGAAUCCGUUCGGACCGGGACAAUAACCGUCUCCUGCGCUACAGCGUGACGGGCCCCGGGGCCGACCAGCCCCCCACGGGCAUCUACAUCAUCAGCCCCAUCUCUGGCCAGCUCUCCGUCACCAAGCCCCUGGACAGGGAGCACAUCGCCAACUUCCAUCUAAGAGCUCAUGCGGUGGACCUAAACGGGAACCAGGUGGAGAACCCCAUCGACAUCGUCAUCAACGUUAUCGACAUGAAUGAUAACAGACCAGAGUUCACCCAUACCGUAUUUAACGGCUCUGUACCGGAGGGAUCCAAACCUGGGUCAUUUGUGAUGACAGUGACUUCUAUAGACAAAGAUGAUCCCAAGACGGCCAACGGGAUGCUGCGAUACAAGAUCCUGUCCCAGAAUCCUGAAAGCCCCUCCUCCAACAUGUUUACCAUCAACAACAAGACGGGCGACAUCAUCUCCGUCGCAGCGGGUCUCGAUCGGGAGAAAGUUCCACAGUACACUCUGAUCAUCCAGGCAACAGACAUGGAGGGAAACCCUACCUACGGCCUGUCCAACACAGCCACCGCCAUGAUCAGAAUUACGGACGUAAACGACAACCCGCCAGAGUUCACCACAGACAUGUUUUUCGGCGAUGUUAAGGAGAACCGGGUCAACGUGAUCGUAUCCAACUUGACGGUGACGGACAAGGACCAGCCCCACACUUCGGCCUGGAAUGCAGCAUACCGGAUCAUCUCCGGAGACCCCACCGGACGCUUCUCCAUCCCCACCGACCCCACCAGCAACGAGGGCCUGCUCACUGUGGUCAAGCCCAUCGACUAUGAGCUCAGCCGCUCCUUCAUGCUGACGGUGGUGACGGAGAACGAAGUCCAGCUGGCACGCGGCAUCCACCUGCCUCGCCAGUCCACCUCCACCGUGUCGGUGCGCGUGGUCGACGUCAAUGAGAGCCCAGAGUUCUCCCCGGACCCCAAGUCCAUUAAGCUGGAGGAGGGCCUCCCCGCCAGCUCUCUGCUCACCACCUUCACCGCCCAGGACCCUGAUCGAUACAUGAGGCAGACCGUCCGGUACACUAAGCUGUUCGACCCGGCCAACUGGCUGGAGAUAGACAACCUCAACGGGAGGAUUUCCACCCGGGCAGUACUGGACAGAGAGUCGCCCUACGUCAAGAACAACCUCUACAACGUCACCUUCAUGGCCAGCGACAACGGAAACCCCCCUGCCAGUGGCACAGGCACCCUGCAGAUAUACCUGCUGGACAUCAACGACAAUGCGCCGCACGUUUUCCCCCCUGAGGUGGAGAUGUGCGAGCGGCCCGAGCCCAACGGCAUCAACAUCACAGCCAGCGACCCCGACCUGAUACCCAACGCCGGCCCCUUUGCCUUCGAGCUGGCAAAUCGGCCCCUGGACACCCGCCGCAACUGGACGCUCAUGCGUCUCAACGGUGAACAAGCUCAGCUGCGCCUGCGCAUCGGCUUCCUGGAGAGCGGCAUCUACACGGUACCCGUCAUCAUCACAGACUCGGGCAACCUGCCCAUGUCAAACACCUCCUACCUGCGCGUCAAGGUAUGCCAGUGUGACCAGCACGGGGACUGCGUGGACAUGGAGCGCAUCAUCGCCGCCGGCCUGGGCACUGGGGCCAUCAUCGCCAUCCUGAUCUGUAUCAUCGUGAUGCUGGUGAUGGUGCUGAUGUUUGUGAUGUGGAUGAAAAGGAGGGACAAAGAACGGCAGGCCAAGCAGCUCCUCAUCGACCCAGAGGACGACGUGCGAGACAAUAUCCUGAAGUACGACGAGGAGGGGGGAGGAGAGGAAGACCAGGACUAUGACCUGAGUCAGCUGCAGCAGCCCGAUGCCCUGGAGGCCGAGUGUGUGAAGGUGGGCAUCCGGCGCCUGGACGAGAGGCCCAUGCACCACGACCACCAGUACCCCGUACGCUCCGCCGCACCCCACCCGGGGGACAUCGGAGACUUCAUUCACGAGGGCCUCAAGGCGGCGGACAACGACCCGGCGGCACCACCCUACGACUCCCUGCUGGUGUUCGACUACGAGGGCAGCGGCUCGGCAGCUGGCUCCCUCAGCUCCCUUCACUCGUCCUCCAGCUGCGGUGACCAGGAAUACGACUACUUGGGGGACUGGGGCCCCCGCUUCCACAGGCUGGCCGACCUGUACGGUGGCGGCAGUGACGACUAGGUCCGCAGCGCUCCAUCGCCGCUGCAUCACCCCUACCCUGCCCCCACCUGCACACCUCCCCCUUCCCCCCGGUGCUCCGAUCCACUCCAGAGUGAUAAGGAUAGUCGAGGAGAAGAGGGAGGGGUAGGGGGAAGGGUGGGAAGGAUGAGCCAAGGAUAUGGAGGUGUCAGACAUGGGA